AUGGCUAACAAGAUCUCCUUCUUCCUCUCAUUCCUUGCAAUCUUAGCAGCCCUGCAACUGUCCGCAGCCGUCGAGUACACCAUCACCAACAAAGCAGCAGCCACCCCCGGCGGUGUUAAGUUCAAUAACGAAAUUGGGGCAGAAUACACCACUAAAACUCUUAGCUCCGCCACAAGCUUCACAUGGAGCAUAUUCCAACAAAACACAGAUGCUGACAGAAAGAAUGUUGCUCUUACUGGGUUUGAUGGAGUUCUUUAUCACGAGAUGGCACACGUAUGGCAAUGGUUUGGAAAUGGUCAAGCUAAGGCAGAAUUGAUAGAGGGAAUUGCGGACUACGUGAGGCUGAAGGCUGGGUAUAUACCAAGCCACUGGGUUCAGCCAGGACAAGGUGACCGAUGGGACCAGGGCUACGAUGUGACAGCUCGGUUCCUAGAGUAUUGUAAUGGUCUUAGAGAUGGGUUUGUGGCUGAACUUAAUAAGAAGAUGAGGGAUGGCUAUAACGAUGGUUAUUUCGUGGACUUGCUAGGGAAGACGGUUGAUCAACUGUGGGCUGAAUACAAAGCUUAA